GUCGAACUGCUGACGGUGACGAGCUCACUGGCAUGGCACUGGCAUGAGUCUUGUUCUGGCAGCCUUCUGGGUUCUUUACUUCUGGCUGGUCGUCUACGGCGUGAAGCACUGCUCAAGGAACUCUAGGCAGCUCCUUCCUUUCUCCCAGGUGCGCAAACCAACGGUGGAGGUAGCAGUCAAAAACUUCCACCUUCGCGUCAAGACCGAUGCUUUGAACGCGCUCCACGAUGGGCUAUGCAAGUCACUGUCUUCAGAUGAGUUCCGACGAAUUAAGAGAGCUCUAUUGCAUCUGUAUAACCUAGGAAGCAUGGUCGGUAUCAUUAGCAUGAUUGCGGCGCUCCUUCUGCUUUGGUCUAUGACGGCGAACUUGGUCAUGUCCGUGGUUUGGACACCAUUCAAUAGCUCGUCCACUUCACUGGUCAAGCGAAAUCUUGAAGGUGGUGUCGGUGAACCAAUCCCUGUUACGACGCCAGUCGACAGUGGCGCGUUCUCUGUUCGAGCGAUUAUACCUGGUGUGACAGUCCCACUCGGCCACUUUCCGAUUAUCCUCCUGGCGCUAUGUAUCUGCCAGGUAGUCCACGAAGUUGGCCAUGCUAUUGCUGCAGCGGUACGACACGUACCCAUCCUCUUUUCAGGUUUCGCCGUUACAGUCGUCUUUCCCUCUGUUUUUGUUGUUUUGCCUGUGGUCCGACUCGAGAGAUUACGGGCAGUAGACCGCCUGCAAGUGGCGGCUGCGGGUUGUUUUCAUAAUCUCGCAUUCUGGUGUCUCUUGUACUUGGUCACAUGGACUGAAAUAAGCACGUUCUUGUCAGAGUUUUUGUUUGAAGAUGUUUCGCGUCUAGGGAAGGUGGUCGUUGGAGUCCAUCCUGGCUCACCGCUGCAGAGUUAUAUACCAUCGGGCGCCAUAGUCACAAUGCUGGACGAUACAAUGCUCAGCGUCACAGAAAGCGCGCCAACCAGCGAUCCGUGGGACGAAUUUUUGUUGUCUCCGUCUACCCCUGUGGUCACUCGAGGAUGGUGUUUCGAAAACUCCGGAUUAGCAAAUGCGUCAAGUUCACUUAAAUGCCAAUCGACAGACAGUCGCCUUUGUUUCGUGUUGAUGCACGGCACAAGCGAUCAGUACAGCUUAGAUGCGGUCACGGUCCUCUCUGGGGAUUUGGCACGUUGUGACGCUUCAGUGGGCUGUACGCCGCUGUCGUCCUGUGUGAUGCCGCGGCGCGGACAACAGCUUGUACGAAUCACCUUGUUGUCGAACAGUCUGAACGGUAGCGAGGAAGUCGUACUUUGGAAAGGACCUAGGAGAGAGAUAUGGGAACAAGUGGAAGUCAGCACGUUCAGGUCACGCAUUCCGUUAAUCUCUAACAGGGUUCGUCGUUACAUCGUAGACUUCGUGGAAUACAUGAAACUGAUCAACCUUUCGUUGUAUCUGGUAAAUAUGCUGCCCAUACCAGCACUAGAUGGGUUUCAACUCCUUGCAACCUUGUUGGAACUUAUAUUUGGCCGAGAAUACGAAAGUGGUAGUAUCGACCUGGAAGCUGGAAGUCACAGCAGUGGGGCCGUAAUAGAUCGCACUAGAGAGACACCAGUGCAGAGAAUCAUCCAAGCAACUCUUAGUACAAGUACAGUCACCUUAGUCACACUAAAUGUCUUGUUGCCGGCAAUCCAGUAUAUAUUACACUGACCUGUG